AUGGCCGACACUUCAGAAUUCGCCACGACCAUCUUGACGUCGACGCUGCCGGGCGAUGUGGCCAACUUCAUCCCGCAUUCGUUGGACCUCUCGCAGACUCUUAUUGAAAAGAACUUGGCCGUGUGGUUUUCCAACUACACCAAGAUGCUCAUCAAGUACAACCAGGACUUGAACCUUUUGGUGGCCAACGGACGCGACUUCUUUGCCAAUUCUGGCGCCGAGUUUGGCUCCAUCGACAAAAUCUGGAAUUGCGUGGCGCUGUGUGUCACUUCCCAGAUUGGUGCCAACGACUCCUUGAUUAAAGUCAUGAGAAACGACAUUCUCUCCCAAUUGGGCGCUGCCACGAGAGACGAUGUCAGGUUUUCCGAGCUUGUGGUGAACCUGAAGGAAUUGGCGGAAAUCAGCCAAGCUUUGGAGAAGAACGAUCCUAAUGGCGAGUACCAGUGGAAUGUCAAGGCGCCUACGGUGCUUUCCAACUUUGAGAACUUCAAACGCCACGAAAAGCAAUUGUUGUCCUCUAGUUUUUUGAGCUACAUGAACACGAUCAACACCAAGACUUCCGAGGUGUUGCAGAAGAACGAGAACGCCGUCAACUACAUCCUCAAGGAGUUCAACGUAGACAACGAGAUGGACGCGUAUGUCAACUACAUGGUCAACGCCAAGGUCCAGCCUCCUGCCCGUGACUUGGCUAAAGCUCAGCACCAGCCUCCUCGCCAAGCAUCCACUUCUUCGCCUGCCAGAAACCAAAGCUCCAGAGCCUCGGUCUCGAGUGUUCUGUCGGAACCAAAGAAAAAGCUGAAGUUGCGUUCCAAGAUGGGCUCGCUUCUUGGCCGCAAGAAGAAGAACGAGAAGCAUGCUCCUUCCCCUGUGGAGGCAAUUCCUGAGGACCAGUCUGUCUCUUCGGUUUCCAGACUGAACACCUUCUCAACUCGUCCUUCCAACACAGAACCGCUGCCAUCUCCAGUGAAGCAACACGUUGAGCGUGGCCUGUUUGUGGCGCCAUCCAAUGGUGCUCAGUCUUCUUCUGCUGGCGGCUCCGGUUCCGGCUCCGGUUUCGGCGCUGGUGCUGCUGGUGCUGCUGUUGGAGGUGCUGCUGGCCUUGCAGCCGGUGCUGUUGCCUCUUCUUCCCAAAAUAUCAGAAGCCAGUCUUUCAACAACGCUGUGCCACUCCAGCCUUCUGCUCCUAAGAAGGAAGAGCCUGUUGUGAGCUCUCCAUCGCUGGGCCGUGAUGAUGGUCCUAAUAUCGUCAAAUACACAUCCUCAGACGAGGACAGCGACGGACCUACUGACUCUCAGGGCAACCGCUUGCUGAUGUUGCAAACUCACCAGUUGGACCACCCUCCAAAGGUGGAAACUGACGCCGAGGCUCGCUCUCGUAACACUUCCUCCGGCAAGUACAGCUUCGACUAUGGUGAUGAGGAUAAGGACAUUUCCGCUACAGCUACCCCCAAGGUUGACCAUACCGAAGACUUCCCCUCUUUCGGUGGUCCCUCCACAGAUGCUUCUGGCCGUCCUGGUCUGCUCAGUGAUGUGCCUCCAACAAGCUCUACUGCUGCUAACAUUGCCAGUGAAGUCGGUCCUCCACCUAGCCCACCAUCUUCUUACUCCCAGGAGACACCCAGCCGUGAAAGCUCUAAUGCUGCCGGUAUAGCUGCUGGCGUUGGUGCCGGUGCAAUUGCUGGUGGAGCAGGUGUUGCUGCCCUCAACUCUCAUCAACAGCAGCAGGCUCCUCCACAAACCCAGCAAGCUCAACAGCCUCAACAACCAAGACAAUCUCAGGCAACUCACCAGCAACCUCCUCCACCUCCCCCAUCCAGAAAGGUCCACAGCUCGACCGACCCUACCCUUAACCGUAGGGACCUCCACUCUGGUCAGUUCCACAACCUUCCUCCUGCCAGAGAGCUGAUGAUUCAGCCCCGUAUUCCUCACGACGAGGCUGGUACUCGUACCUCUUUGGUCAGCCAAAACACUGGUAACUCGUUCUUCAGACACGACAACCAAUUCAAGCACUUUGGUUCUAGCCAAGCUCUCGUCAACGAGGGUCUUCACACAUCUGUUGCUGAAAUUAUCAAUGUUACCUUCAAGGGCGGAAAUGUGACCAAGGCGCAUGUUCUUGGUGAGGUUGCCUUCAACUACAACUCUGCGGUGUCCACCCAGCAACCUCAGGAGAUCAACAUCCCAGUGCCUUUCACAAAAUUCUUGUUGAACGAGCAAUUCAUGCGGCAAAUCGGUGAGCACAGAUACUCUUUGGACCUUUCUCAAAUCGCCUCGCGCACUUUGGGUGGUCUCAAAUACAUUGCCAACUUAGACGAGAGCCAGGCUCCUGUUACCGUUAGACAAAUCUGGAAGUUUGAGCCUCACCAAGCUAGUCUCAUCAUCAAGCUUUCGCAUAACCCAGCAUUCGGUCAACUGGUUCAGCUUGAUGGUUUGGUGAUCUCCGCCUCUUUGGACCACACUGCCCAGUCUACAUCGGCAUCUUCUAAACCCGAGGGCUCCUUUAACAAGGACAAGAACAGAAUCACCUGGAGAUACACCAAGCCAUUGGUGUUGGACGGUACAGUUCAGGAAGAGAAGUUGAUUGCCAGAUUUACCACCAACGGUAAGGCUAAUGAGGCUCCAAGCGGCGUGCAGCUUAAGUUCAAUGUGGUUGACCCACCUACAACGUACGUGCCAAUCUUGGAUUCACAGGGACUCAGCAUCCCAAGCUUCAGAAGCUUGACUACUGGCAGCUACCUUUCGCAUGCUUGA